UCGCAGCGCGUAGCAACCGACGGUUGCUUUAACGACACCAGAACAAAUUCCUAUCAAUGAGCUUUCGAUUUUAUUGAUUAAUAUUAAAUAGUGGGUGAUUGUUGCUAUUGUUGUUGUUGUUGGGAUUUUAUCCGCGUGUUUCUGAUUGAAUCCGUUCUUCGCGAUUAAUUUUAAUGAACACCUGGAUUAAAUUGAGAGCACGCGUACAAAGAAUUGGUGGCAGUGGAGAUUCAGCUGGCCAGCAGUGGAGAUGCUGGUGAAGAAGUGAGCUGAGGACGAUGAAAACGCGGUGGUUAGCAUGAUUAAAAAUCGAAGCUGGGGAAUUGUCCUGUUUCUUCUGAUUUUUCAAGUGCUCGAGGCUGUCACUGUUGUUGAUCACUCAUCCGACGACGAUUACGUACUUGAACACGAAGUAUCCUACGAUGAGGCACUCGAGAAGGCGAGGGAACUCACCUUGUCAAAAGGCCCCAUUCCUGGGUGCAGAUCCUGCACACACGACGAGAUGACGUACUGCAAGGACGGAAGUGUCAUCAGCGAUCAUUGUUGCUGUGACGGUGGUUACCACAAGGCAUUCCCUUUUGUCCAGCACACAUGUAGAGUUGGUAAAAAGGUGUGUACAGUGUUAGCUGGGGAUUGUGCUGAGUACGAGAGACUCAGGGAGUGCUGUUGCCAUUCAUACCUCGGCUCGGAUUGGAAAUAUCGAGCUGGUGGAGCUGAAGCCAUAAAACCUCCAGUCCUCAUGACAGGUGGACUACUGUUGCUCCUUGGAUACCUCUGGAGGUUCCUCAAAGCCCUAUAGAGUUAUACUAUUUUAUACUGCCUGCUUAUAAUCGAAUAAAUUAUUUUUACAUCGCCAC